AUGUUGGGUUUUGCUAAAUAUUUCAAAAACUUGAUUGCCAAGAAAAGAACCACCAAGAAUGAAGUGCUGAAUGUGACUCACCGGGUUAGUUCCAUUGCAACAUCCACCGUUCAAAAGAAAGAAAACCCGGGAGCUUUCACUAUUCCAUGUACUAUUGGGGCACAUGAUUUUGCAAGAGCCCUUUGUGAUAAUGGGGCUAGCAUCAACUUAAUGCCUCUUGCCAUUUACAAGCAAGCAGGGUUAGGUAUGCCAAGGCCAACAAGUCUGAGAUUGCAAAUGGCUGAUCGUUCCAUAAAGAGACUGGUGGGAAUUGUCGAUGAUGUUCUUGUUAAAGUGGGAAAGCUUCAUUUACCCGCCGAUUUGAUUGUGUGGUUGACAAAGAGAUCCCUAUCAUUUUGGGGAGAUCAUUCCUAG